ACACACGCUUCCCAAAAGGUUUCGCCCCGGCGUGGCUUCCCACGCUGAACGGGUUAGGUAAUUCCAAAACCGUGGCAGAACGGAGCCGCGCCAGGGAAGGACUGUCCCAGUGAGGUUCCAGGGUACAGGAAAUGUUUAACGCAGUUGUUGUACUGGUCAGCACUAAAAUACGGCCUUGCCGGUGCUAAUCAUUGGUUUAUUUAGCUAAGGGUAAAACUCCUGAGUUCACACACAUAUAUAUAUUAUACAUAUAUAUAUAUAAUAUACAUAUAUAUAUAUAUAUACUUAUAUAUACCUAUAACGUAGAAGGUGCUGUCCUCGCUACUUUCAUCUGCCUUACGAUUUUCUUAAGAGUGUAAUUCUUCUAGUGCUUUCAGUUAUGGCACUUAAAUAUCAUUCAGAUACACUCAAAAUGCAGUGUUGGGCAUGUGUGUCAUUUUGUGAAAAGAAUAAUUCAGGCCUAUGAUGAAGGUCAUCAGCUUCAGCUGCCACAGUGACUACUGUUUGGGUAAGGGUGAAACGACAAGCUAAACAAACUUAGGAUGAUAAUAACUAGAAAGAAUGCCUUUCUGGCUUGGAGGCCCUCAUGUCGAUGGUUUGCUCUGUCUGACAAGUUUGCUGUCCGAGUACAAACCAGACUUAGCACUGGUGAAUUAGAAAUGCAGCACACAUUAAUAAUCUAAAUUAAAGCUAAUAAAAAAAAAUCUAGUGUGUUUUCUGUAACAUCACAAAGUCUGCAUGUGUGGGGCAUCUCACAGGAUUAAGUAACACCAAAGGAUUUUUUGCUACUACUGACAGCGAGUAUUCCCUCUUGUGGAGAGAGGGAGAUGAUCUUUGGUUUGUACAACAAAAAUGUAAUUAUCCAAAUAGUUUAGGGAAAAGAAUAUGGGCCUAAAGAGAGGUGCACUCUUUUUUUCUCUUAGCUGUAAGAACAUAAUCAACUGUAUUGUAUAUUGUAUAUCUUUUUCUGCUUAUACCCCUGCCGCAAAUGAGUUCUGAUCUCAUGUGAAUGCAAAGGAAUGCAUUUGGUCAGCCUGGUUACUGGUUUAAAUAUGAGGGCAUUCUUCACUGUCCAGCAAGUAGAAAUACUUGUUUCUCCAAUGACCAAAUAUACGGGCACAUGUGGAAUAAACUGUUGUUCUCUUUCCCAAAAAACCAUGCUGUUAUUGUAUAAAAGAAAGCUGCUUUUACUUCAUUUAAAAUUUCAAUCGCUUCCUGUUAAGUUUGUAGGGGAAAAAGCCCAAGACUUUUUAUAAACCUUUUGGUCUACUUCUAGUUUCACCCUCUCUUUGUUUUCUGUUCUGUUCUGCUUCUUCAUUGUGCUGGGCAUAGCAUGGUUGUUUUACAUAUUUAAGUACAGAUCUAUAUGACUUCAAACUUUCACUUUUUCUGCUCAAAGCUCUAUUUAUUUUGGUUAAGUUUUAUCCACAUGUUGAUCUUACUAGGCCUAUAUUCAUCCAUCCAACUCUAGGCAACUGUCCCAAUGUGUUUUCCUGGCUAUUUUUUUCCCUAGAGUUACUGAUUUCUGCUUCCAAGGCUGCACUUGAGUCCUUGAGAAAAACUUUGUAGCUUUUAGGUAGUUCUUUUUGGGCAGCCUCCAGCAGCUGGUACAAGGAAGUGCCAGGGAGGGUGAGGGCUGUGGAAACCCUGGUUUAGGAGGGCUCAGGUCAGUGCCACAUUUCACUGUUAGUUAUCCUACCAUAUGUUGAUGGCCAGUGAUGGAUGGAACUGCACCUCUCCCCCUCUGAGUUUCUUGAUUUGCUAGGCAGGCAUGAGGCACACAGGCUGCUUACAAAAUGCUGUUAUAGCUGGUCUCAAUAAAUAAAUAAAGACUUGUUGGGUGAAAAGGCUGGCCCCUCCUGUAUUGAUAGUCCAGAGAGCUUGCCGAUACUUAGAAUGAAUUAUUUGACUCUGGCAAGAUUCAGGUAUUUAUCUGGUAUUUCCCAGAAGAGGGCAUAACCAUCAGUUAAAAGUAUCUAACUUGUCUUUUGUUGGGUUGUGCUCUUGUCUCUCCCACCCACUGAGAUAAGGGUGACUGACAUCAGUAAGGAAAUUUAUUUUUCCUACUUGAGCAGACGAGUGGCAACUAAAAUACUUUCUUUUUUCCAUUGCAUAUAGUGGUUUUACUGCUUAUUAAUAUAUCUUCCUCUCCCUUAGCUAUUUCUAUUUCUGUAUCCAAGCCCAACCCCGUGCCUUUUCAGAGUUCUUUUGUCCUGGCUCUUCUUUGCUCUUUAACCCUGUCAGAUCACUUGCACUUUUGUGAAUUGCAUUGCCCGUCAUGAAAUAGAGAUCCUUGCCUAUGUGUAAGAUACCUUUUAUACAGUAACUGGGAUUAAGAGGUGUUACUAAAGCAAGGCAUACAGAUAUUAGAGGAAAAUAUCUGUGAAGAGAUAGCUACUGUUGCAUCUGUGCAUCUACUGUUAAGUUUUACAUGACAGUCGUUUUCUUUUCAGAGUGUAAAAAAAUGGAUUUGGCCAACCAUGGACUUAUUCUGCUGCAGCAACUAAAUGCUCAGAGAGAGUUUGGUUUCCUGUGUGACUGCACAGUUGCCAUUGGUGAUGUCUACUUCAAGGCACACAAAUCAGUCCUCGCUUCUUUCUCCAACUACUUCAAGAUGUUGUUUGUUCAUCAAACCAGUGAAUGCGUCCGUUUGAAAGCGACUGACAUACAGCCAGAUAUCUUCAGUUAUCUCUUGCAUUUGAUGUACACUGGGAAGAUGGCACCACAACUCAUUGACCCAGUUCGACUAGAACAAGGAAUAAAGUUUCUACAUGCAUAUCCGCUAAUUCAAGAGGCCAGCCUUGCAAGUCAGGGAACUUUUUCUCACCCGGAUCAAGUUUUUCCAUUAGCAUCUUCAUUAUAUGGCAUUCAGAUUGCAGAUCACCAGAUAAGACAUCCCACUAAGGUUACAUCAGCAACUGACAAACUCGGGCGAGAACCAAGGCCACAGACAUCGCGGAUGAACCAAGAGCAGGUUUCUGAAGGCUCACAGCUCUCACAGUUGGCUACAACUCUGCCACAAGUGACCCGAACAAAUAUGUCCACUUCUGACCCAUUGCCAUCUUCUUUAUCUCCAGAAUUGGUAUCUGCUGCUGGUAAUAAUUCACCUGCAGGAGAAGAGGCCAACAUGGAAGCAUCUUCUUCCGAUGAACAGCCUGCCUCACUCACAAUAGCACAUGUCAAGCCAAGCAUUAUGAAAAGGAACGGAAGCUUCCCAAAAUACUAUGCCUGUCACCUCUGCGGUCGCCGGUUCAAUUUACGAAGCAGUUUGCGUGAGCACCUGCAAAUCCACACGGGAGUUCCCUUCACGUCUAGCCAGCAGGGAGAAAGUAAUAUUUCUUUGUCUCUCUGUAACAACACAGGUGAUAAAGAUGCCAUGGAAGUGCCUGAAGCAGGGAUGAUUAGCGACAGUGAGUUGCAGCAGAUCUCAGACUCCCCAAUAAUUGAUGGGCAGCAGCAGUCAGAGACACCUCCCCCCUCUGAUAUCGCAGACAUUGACAACUUGGAGCAGGCAGAUCAAGAGAGGGAGGUAAAGAGACGGAAAUACGAAUGUUCCAUCUGCGGUCGCAAAUUUAUUCAGAAAAGCCACUGGAGGGAGCACAUGUACAUACACACAGGCAAGCCCUUCAAGUGUAGCACUUGUGACAAAAGCUUUUGUAGGGCUAACCAGGCUGCCAGACACGUGUGCCUAAACCAGAGCAUGGACACGUACACGAUGGUGGAUAAACAGACUCUGGAACUCUGUACUUUUGAGGAAGGCAGUCAAAUGGACAACAUGUUAGUACAGACCAACAAGCCCUACAAAUGUAACUUGUGUGACAAAACGUUUUCAACUCCCAAUGAAGUAGUCAAGCAUUCGUGCCAAAAUCAAAACUCUGUCUUUACACUAGAAGAAGAUCGCUCCAUUCUGCUAGGUGGUGGGGACACAGAAGCCACAGAGACUGAUAACGCAGUGUUAGCCUCCAUCAAAAAGGAGCAAGAAGCAGUGUUGUUAGACUGAAUGUGAAACCUAUAUCAAUUUUUUAAAGUUUCUUUACUCAUUUUUUAUUAAAUCAAUUUUUUCCUUCCCUUACCUCUUACCUCACUUACCCCUUCCAUCUUUUCCACCAACAUCCUUCCCACCCUUUGUCUUCAGCAACCAGAACUGUACUGGCACAGUAGGAAAUUGGACUUUGCCUCUCCCACCAAAACAAACAAAAAGCUCUUGCAUCAAACCACAACAAAAUUGAUUUUAAUACAAAGGAACAUGUGAAAAAUAAUCCAUCUAACUAUGUUGAUAGUAUUAGUUAAUCCAAAUUUAAUAGAUUUUAAAUCAAAUUUAGAUUGCUUAAAAGUGUAUUUAGAUACAGUGAUGAGUGUAACGAGAAACAGAGUUAUCAGUUUGGUAAGCGAAGGAUAUAUGUAUUUUAGUUUCCCUGGUAGAAGGCAUUUUGAGAUCUGGCAAAAUAAACACCGUGCUUUUUACAAGUCCCUAAAGCCCUCAGAACUUUUCUCAAGGAGUGCAAAAAUCUCUGUUCAUUGAGUUAAAAAGAGCUGAAGGUGUUGGGUUUCUUUUAGCCAUAUAUUUUCCCUGAAGUAUGCCUUUGGGUAUCUGUUUUGGAGUCGAGCAAAGCAUCUACUUAGUCAAAUUUUGACUUAAGUAGCUAUAACAGUAACGUGAUGGCAAUCUUUAUAUAUAUAAAUACUGUAUAUGUAUAGAGAUAUAUAUACAUAUAUAUAUAUAUAUAAAGUGUUUGUGUGUAUAUUUGGUACAGGUAAAUAAAUGCACACAUCCUUUUUAAGUUACUGGCCACCUACGCUCAGAUUCAGCCUGGAAUGUCUUUUAGUCAUUUGGCAAAACUAGUCAUUGCACAGGUUAGUUUUAGUCAAAUUUAAAAUGUCCUGGGCUGUGUGCAUUUUUAUUGACCUGUUGAAGAGAAGCUAAUAGGUAAGUGUUGUCACCCGAGCUACCAAGGAAACUAGAGAAGUGACAUACUGGUGAGCACUGCACCAUCAUUAGUGCAGCACGCGCAUGUGUUGUUAGCUAUAGGUUUGAGUCAUUCUGGAUGAAAGGAGAGAGAAAAGCUUUAUUCCCUUACUCUGGCAAGGAAUGUCCAUGAUUUCAUUUGGUCUAAUGGCAUGAUUUAAGAGGGAGAAAAGACGGUGUUCUAGCAACAGGUGAUCAUGGUUGUUUUAAAGUGAAUCUGUAGUGCUGGCUGGCAAAUUCUGCUCUGUGAGAGCCCUGUUAUUUUGAAAGCCAAGACGAAGUCUGCAAAAAGUGAGAGGAUGAAUUCUGUAGUUUUAGUUACUGCUGAUGGUCGCACUGCAUCUUUGUGUUAAAAAUCAAGUUGUUGAUUUUUUAUUAUUUUAUAUAGAUGCCCAGAUUUUUUGCUGGUAGCCUAAAAACCUACACUGAUGGCAGCAGUGAAGCCCACCGAGCAAUUACUGGGCCAACAGAAGGUGUAAGUGGACAGAAAAAGUGCCCCAUCAUAAAUGGAGACAGUGUGUGUUUUGGGGGGAGGGGUGGGAGAGGGCAAGUCACAAACCACAGCUCUUCUCUGUGUAUAUGUUUAAACUGAAUAUCAUCUUUUUGUGUAUAGUUAAGUUCUCAGAUUUGUAAGUUUUUAUACAUUAUUUCAUUGAAUAAAAACUGAAUUAAAUGG